AUGAGGGUCUUAGAAAACUGUGUCACAUUUGGCUACCCACUUCUGCUGGAGAAUGUUUAUGAGGAACUGGAUGCAUCUUUGGAGCCACUACUACUCAAACAAACUUUCAAGCAAAGUAAGUUUGAUAGCUCACUUUGGCUCUAGACCAUUAGAGACUUGAUUAAGUUUUCUAUUUGGCUUUAGACCAUUAAAGACUCCAGAAAGUUUGACAGAAUACAUUUGCUUUAGACCAUUAGAGACGUAGAGUAAGUUUGAUAGAGUACAUUGGCUUUAGACCAUUAGAGACUUAAGUAAGUUUGAUAGAAUAUAUUGGCUUUAGACCAUUAGAGACUUAAGUAAGUUUGAUAGAAACAUUGGCUUUAGACCAUUAGAGACUUAAGUAAGUUUGAUAGAAUAUAUUGGCUUUAGACCAUUAGAGACUUAAGUAAGUUUGAUAGAAACAUUGGCUUUAGACCAUUAGAGACUUAAGUAAGUUUGAUAGAGUACAUUGGCUUUAGACCAUUAGAGCUUAGAGUAAGUUUGACUGAAAACAUUGGCUUGAGGCAAUUAGAGACUUGAGUAACUUUGAUAAAAAACAUUGACUGUAGAACAUUAGAGACUUGCAGUGUGUAAUUUCUUGAAAGGACUAAGUGGAAAAUAAUUUUUGGGGCUACAAGAACCAGAAUGAUCAAGACUUUGAUUAUGAGCCCUAGAAGAGUGGUUCUCAACCUUUCUAAUACCGCCAACCUUUCAUACAGUUCCUCACCUUGGGGUGACCCCCAUCACAAAAUUAUUUUUGUUGCCACUUCAUUAACUGUCAAGUAUAUGUGUUUUACAGUGGUCUUAGGCGACCCCUAAGAAAGGGUCGUUCGACCCCAAAAGGGGUCACGAUCCACAGGUUGACAACCACUUCCCUAAAAAGAAAAAAAAAAAGAAAUAUUACCACUGCCAGGAUGAAAUACAAUACUUAAAUAUUACAACUGGCAGGAUGAAAUACAAUACUUAAAUGUUACCACUGGCAGGAUGAAAUACAAUACUUAAAUAUUACCACUGACAGAAUAAAAAUUUUAAACAAUAAAUUUUAAAAAGUAGCAGCAUCCAGCAUAUCUAUCGCCAUUUGUUGUUUAUAUGUUAUUUAAUCAUGGCAUCAAUUCUAAGGUGGUGUUUAUAUGUUAUUUAAUCAUGGCAUCAAUUCUAAGGUGGUGUUUAUAUGUUAUUUAAUCAUGGCAUCAAUUCUAAGGUGGUGCUUAUAUGUUAUUUAAUCAUGGCAUCUAUUCUAAGGUGGUGUUUAUAUGUUAUUUAAUCAUGGCAUCUAUUAUCAGGUGGUGCUUAUAUGUUAUUUAAUCAUGGCAUCUAUUCUAAGGUGGUGUUUAUAUGUUAUUUAAUCAUGACAUCUAUUCUAAGGUGGUGCUUAUGUUAUUUAAUCAUGGCAUCUAUUCUAAGGUGGUGUUUAUAUGUUAUUUAAUCAUGACAUCUAUUCUAAGGUGGUGUUUAUAUGUUAUUUAAUCAUGGCAUCUAUUCUAAGGUGGUGCUUAUAUGUUAUUUAAUCAUGGCAUCAAUUCUAAGGUGGUGCUUAUGUUAUUUAAUCAUGGCAUCUAUUCUAAGGUGGUGUUUAUAUGUUAUUUAAUCAUGGCAUCUAUUAUCAGGUGGUGCUUAUAUGUUAUUUAAUCAUGGCAUCAAUUCUAAGGUGGUGCUUAUAUGUUAUUUAAUCAUGGCAUCUAUUCUAAGGUGGUGUUUAUAUGUUAUUUAAUCAUGGCAUCUAUUAUCAGGUGGUGCUUAUAUGUUAUUUAAUCAUGGCAUCAAUUCUAAGGUGGUGCUUAUAUGUUAUUUAAUCAUGGCAUCAAUUCUAAGGUGGUGCUUAUAUGUUAUUUAAUCAUGGCAUCUAUUCUAAGGUGGUGUUUAUAUGUUAUUUAAUAAUGGCAUCUAUUAUCAGGUGGUGCUUAUAUGUUAUUUAAUCAUGGCAUCUAUUCUAAGGUGGUGUUUAUAUGUUAUUUAAUCAUGACAUCUAUUCUAAGGUGGUGCUUAUAUGUUAUUUAAUCAUGGCAUCUAUUCUAAGGUGGUGUUUAUAUGUUAUUUAAUCAUGACAUCUAUUCUAAGGUGGUGUUUAUAUGUAAUUAAAUAUGGCAUCUAUUCUAAGGUGGUGCUUAUAUGUUAUUUAAUCAUGGCAUCAAUUCUAAGGUGGUGCUUAUAUGUUAUUUAAUCAUGGCAUCAAUUCUAAGGUGGUGCUUAUAUGUUAUUUAAUCAUGACAUCUAUUCUAAGGUGGUGUUUAUAUGUUAUUUAAUCAUGGCAUCAAUUCUAAGGUGGUGUUUAUAUGUUAUUUAAUCAUGUCAUCUAUUCUAAGGUGGUGUUGAUAUGAUCAUGAUGGGAGACCAAGUCCUAGAGUACAGUAAAGAUUUCCGUUUUUACAUCACCACCAAGUUGAGGAACCCCCAUUAUCUGCCAGAAAUCUCCACCAAAGUAUCGCUACUCAACUUCAUGAUAACACCAGAGGGGCUCGAGGACCAGCUUUUGGGGAUCGUUGUGGCCAAAGAAAGGUAAACAUAAAGAAUAUAUAAAUGACACAUUAUGUUAUGUCAACCAAUGGAUUACAAGGGGCUCAAUUAAAAUGUUAUGUCAACUAAGGUGCUCAGAUAUCGGUUAUUUUCUGUGAUAAUAUUAAGUAUAUAUAAAAUAUGAUUCAUGUUUUUUUUUUCAUUGGUUGAUUAGAAUAUAUUGCCAAUAUUUUAACUUGCCAUCAAACGCCAAAAUAGUUGUGUGUCAGUGUGGCGCCAUAGCUAAUAUAAGUGCCACAUGGGUGGAUACAUAUUUUUGCCGAACCAUUCCUUGAAAAAAAAUCAUCAGUUUGUCUACAACAUUUGUCACCCGGGCCUCCUGCCCCUUCCACACCCCUCUUUGCUCAACACUGUUUAGAUGUUCUGUGUCAUUAUAAUUGGUUUACCAUUAUUCUUUUUGUUUGUAUUAUGAAUUAUAUUUUGUCUUGUAGCUACAUAUUAAAUUCUGUCUUGUAGCUAUGUAUUAAAUUAUGUCUUGUAGCUAUGUAUUAAAUUCUGUGUUGUAGUUGUGUUUUAUAUUUCUGUCAUAUAACUUGUAACGGUCUAAAUGUAAAUUUUGUGGACAGUUGCACGUCUUCAAGAAAGAAAUGUGUCCUGAAUGGGGCAGAUUAUGUAAAAUGUGUAAGCAUAGAAAUCAUUUUGCCAGCAAAUGUAACCAGAUGAAUUUACAAUGGGUGAAUGAAGAUGAUGAUGGCUACUCUGUAUCUUCCAAGAAGGAAACUAUGCUUGCUGUGAACAGUAAACAACAUAGUAAGGACAUAAAAGCUGAAAUGAUCAUUGAUGAGGAGAAGACAGUAUGUCAGAUUGACGCAGUAAACAACAUAGUAAGGACGUUAAAGCUGAAAUGAUCAUUGAUGAGGAGAAGACAGUAUGUCAGAUUGACUCAGUAAACAACAUAGCAAGGACAUUAAAGCUGAAAUGAUCAUUGAUGAGGAGAAGAAAGUAUGUCAGAUUGACUCAGUAAACAACAUAGUAAGGACAUUAAAGCUGAAAUGAUCAUUGAUGAGGAGAAGACAGUAUGUCAGAUUGACUCAGUAAACAACAUAGCAAGGACACAAAAGCUGAAAUGAUGAUUGAUGAGGAGAAGACAGUAUGUCAGAUUGACUCAGUAAACAACAUAGUAAGGACAUUAAAGCUGAAAUGAUCAUUGAUGAGGAGAAGACAUUAUGUCAGAUUGACUCAGUAAACAACAUAGUAAGGACAUUAAAGUUGAAAUGAUCAUUGAUGAGGAGAAGACAGUAUGUCAGAUUGACUCAGUAAACAACAUAACAAGGACAUUAAAGCUGAAAUGAUCAUUGAUGAGGAGAAGACAUUAUGUCAGAUUGACUCAGUAAACAACAUAGGAAGGACAUAAAAGCUGAAAUGAUCAUUGAUGAGGAGAAGACAUUAUGUCAGAUUGACUCAGUAAACAACAUAGUAAGGACAUUAAAGCUGAAAUGAUCAUUGAUGAGGAGAAGACAGUAUGUCAGAUUGACUCAGUAAACAACAUAGCAAGGACAUUAAAGCUGAAAUGAUCAUUGAUGAGGAGAAGACAUUAUGUCAGAUUGACUCAGUAAACAACAUAGUAAGGACACAAAAACUGAAAUAAUUUAAACUUAUUCAAAUGUUUUUGUUUUUUGACUGAUGACACAUUUGCUGACAUGUUUAGUUUGUAUUUUGUAAAAUCAUCAUUAAAGCUGAACAUAUAUUUUUUGUUUGACACAAAUUGUGUGUGUCUAAUCAAUCUAUUUCAUAGUCUUAUAACCAUGAACUCGUGAAAUUAUAUGAUUGCUUUAAAGUAACGUGUAUUUGUGAAAUUAUGUGAUUGUUUUAAAACAAUGUUCUUUGUAAUUAUAUGAUUGUUUUAAAACAUGUACUUGUGAAAUUAUAUGAUUGUUUUAAAGCACCAUGUACUUGUGAAAUUAUAUGAUUGUUUAAAGCAACAUGUACUUGUGAAAUUAUAUGAUUGUUUUAAAGCAAAAUGUACAUGUGAAAUUAUAUGAUUGUGGUAAAGCAACAUGUACUUGUGAAAUUAUAUGAUUGUGUUAAAGCAACAUAUACUUGUGAAAUUAUAUGAUUGUUUUAAAGAAACAUGUACUUGUGAAAUUAUGUGAUUGUUUUAAAACAAUGUUCUUUGUAAUUAUAUGAUUGUUUUAAAGCAACGUGUACUAGUGAAAUAAUUAAAUAGUUUUCUAGCCAUUUGCCUGGUAAAAUAAUUUUUAAAAAUGGAUAGCUAUAAACAAUUUCAAUAAAACAUGUACAUGUUGACAGACCAGAGCUGGAAGAAGAAAGACAAACACUGAUAGUAACAAGUGCAGCAAACAACAAACAACUGAAGGAAAUUGAGGACAAAAUUCUAUACACCCUCUCAUCAUCAGAGGGGAAUAUUUUAGAGGAUGAGUCGGCCAUUGAAGUGCUUGACUCAUCAAAAGUUUUGUCCAAUGAAAUCUCUAAGAAACAAAUAGUGAGUCAAUUAAUUUUCCAGUGUCUAUCUUCUUUUAAACCAAUUAUAUAAUAUACUAAUAAAGAAAACGUCCAGUGCAUAUUGCUUUUUAAAUCUAAUUUUAGUCUUUGCUUUGUAUGGCAUCACUGACCUAGACAAUAACUUUAAAUUUUUCAUCUCUGAUUCUGUAUGCAACUCUUACUGUGAUAGACUUUGCUAUGUAUGGCAUCACUGUCCUAGACACUAACUUUAAAUUUGUCAUAUCUGAUUUUGUAAGCAACUCUUACUGCAUUAUCACCCACACAAUACUAAAUUGAUGAAUCCAUUGUUCACUCAAACAAUACAACAUUGAUAAUGAAUCCAUUGGUCACUCACACAAUACAACUUUAAUAAUGAAUCCAUUGGUCACUCACACAAUACAACUUAGAUAAUAAUUCUUUUAGUCACUCACACAAUACAACUUUAAUAAUGAAUCCAUUGGUCACUCACACAAUACAACUUUAAUAUGAAUACAUUGGUCACUCACACAAUACAACUUUAAUAAUGAAUCCAUUGGUUACUCACACAAUACAAUUUACAUAAUAAUUUUUUAGUCACUCACACAAUAAAACUUUAAUAAUGAAUUCAUUGGUCACUCCCAUAAUUCAACAAAUCUUAUCACCUUUGAAUUUUGAACUAAAACGGAAACCUGAUUAUACAUUCAACUAAUGGUAUUAAACUAGUAAGAAGCAAAUCAAUUGGUUGUCUUUAAUUCUUUGAAUCCAUUUUAUUCAAGAUUGGUGAGGAAACAGAGAAAAAGAUCGAAGCAUCCAGAGCUGGCUAUCGCAC